GCAAACGGUUUUGUUAAACCCAUUAUUCCCAAUACGCUCUCUUCUCUCAUCCUUCAUCAAUGGCUACUCGCCCAAGAAACCUCCAACUCACCUCCCUCUCCGUCGAUCUCAACAUCUGCAGACCAAAGCUGUCUCACCUCUUCCACCUCAAGCCGAAGCCCUCCGCCAAAUCCCCUUCCCUCCACCACUUCUCCGACUCCGACUCCGAGACCAGAGCCUCCAUCACCUUCCGCGGCUUCGGUAGAAGCGGCGGCGAGAGCGUCGCCAUCGAGAAGGACUCCGACGAUCCGUACCUGGAUUUCCGGCAUUCGAUGGUCCAGAUGAUUCUGGAGAACGAGAUUUACUCGAAGGACGACUUGCGAGGGCUUCUUCGUUGUUUCUUGCAGUUGAAUUCGCCUUCUCACCAUGGAAUUAUAGUUAGGGCUUUCGCUGAGAUUUGGGACUCUGUUUUCUCCGCCAGGUCCCCUGUUUCGCUUCCGAUCUUCCGCUUUUGAAUCCUAGCCGUCCGAUCAAUUUAAGAUCUCGUUUUUUCUUUUUCUUUUUUGUUGAAAAAAAAGCUUUUAUUUUUUUCAACCGUAAAAAUUCUCUUCCACUUUUCUUGUUUCUAUGAGUGUCUCUCCCACUCCUUUAUAUUUAAUUUUACUAUAUUUUCUUUCCAUUUUUUU